UAAUAUCAAUAUGGCUUCUGUCAGUCAGACAAAGGCGAAUUAGUUUUUGCCUUGAAAUGAUAUCAGAUUAGGAAAAGGUAGCGGCAGAGUCGGACGCCGUCCUGUUUUGCUUGUUCAUGUCUGGUAACGGGGAUUAAAGGCAAUAGCUGCGGGACUCAAACACUGUCAGUUUAGUUGAAUAAAUGCUGUGGUGCACGGAGGCCCCGCACGCGCAGAAUAAGAAUGUCCCAUUAUACAGAUGAGCCUCGUUUUACCAUUGAGCAAAUCGACUUGCUGCAGCGGCUACGUAGAAGUGGGAUGACAAAGCAAGAGAUCUUGCAUGCCCUGGACACCCUUGAACGGCUGGACCGCGAGCAUGUCGAGAAGUUUGGGCACCGACACGCCCACGGUGGAAAUGGAGGCGGGGCCACUACCGUCGGCAACGGCAACAACGCGACCAUUUCUUCUGACUCCUGCACUAUCUCCUCAAAUAACCUCUCAGCCUCAUCUUCGAAGACCUCUAUGGCCACGCAGACGGGUUUCCGUGGCAACGGCCUCUCCCCAUCCCCUAUCAACAGCUAUGAUACCUCUCCACCCCCGACAGUCCCUGCCCCCUUGCCUGUAGUAGCUGCAAUGGUGCAAAAUGGGCAGGACGGCCUCGCUGCUAUGCCCAAUGGGAAGCUCUCUCCACCCCGUUACGCUGUUAGCAACGCCUCUUUGCGGGCCUUCGGGUUCGAGCCCCCUGAUGAGGAGAUGGACAUUGACGAUAAAGUCGAGGAGCUUAUGAGAAUGGACAGUGCUAUAAUUAAAGAAGAGAUUAAAGCUUUCUUGGGGAACCGGCGGAUAUCACAAGCAGUAGUUGCCCAAGUUACAGGUAUCAGUCAGAGCCGGAUCUCUCAUUGGCUGCUUCAGCAGGGCUCAGAUCUCAGCGAGCAGAAGAAAAGAGCCUUCUACCGCUGGUACCAACUGGAGAAAACGACCCCCGGUGCAACACUAGCAAUGCGGCCCACCCCGAUGGCCCUGGAGGACAUUGUAGAGUGGCAACAAACUCCCCCUCCCAUUAGCAGCACUCCGGGCAGCUUCCGUCUGCGGCGCGGCAGCCGCUUCACCUGGAGGAAAGAAUGUCUGGCGGUGAUGGAGAGUUAUUUCAAUGACAACCAGUAUCCUGAUGAAGCCAAACGUGAGGAAAUUGCCAAUGCCUGCAAUGCAGUUAUACAAAAACCAGGGAAGAAGCUGUCAGAUCUUGAGAGGGUCACGUCACUGAAAGUUUACAACUGGUUUGCCAACAGACGGAAGGAAAUUAAGAGAAGAGCCAACAUAGAAGCAGCAAUCCUGGAGAGUCAUGGGAUUGAUGUCCAAAGCCCAGGAGGUCAUUCCAACAGCGACGAGAUUGACGGCAAUGACUACAGUGAGCAAGUACCUGCCGACCAAGUGUUGGGAAUGAGAGCAGUGGCCAGAACGUUUGGUUUCUGCAGAGGUGACCUGUCAUCCACCAUUCAGGAUGACACAACUGGCCCAAGUGAACACCAGGACCCCAUCGCUCUGGCUGUAGAGAUGGCCGCUGUUAAUCACAGCAUCCUGGCGCUGGCGCGGCAGGGCGGAGCCACCAGUAACAUUAAAACAGAGGUGCUGGAUGACGAAUGAGAAUCCAUCGUGGUGGAGCGUGGAGGGAAAUAAAUGUGGGGUUACGAAAAUAAAGCCAAACAGUUUGUGAACUGAGAUUACAGAGGAAUAUUGCCAGGUCACAUGACCAACGUGAAUGCAGAGGUUAUAAAGACUGUUAACCCAACAUUCCCUCUUUCCACCUCCCUCCUAUAUGUGAUGCCUCAGUAGUCUUUAAAUUAAAGGGAUAGCUUUCCCAGAAAUGAAAAUCCUGUCAUCAUCUGCUCACAAAAAGGAGAUAAAGAAGAUACAGAAUUUAAAGAUUGAAAGUCAUAUGGAUUUGGAACAACAUAAGGGUGAUUAUAUGUUGACAUAAUUUUAAUUUUUGGGUGGACUAUCCCUUUAACACAGUUCUCACACAGAGUUUGGGAGAGAAGCUGCAUUUAAAGGUGCUGUAAGUGAUUUUAGCCAUCCUGGAACUUCCACCAGAUUAGCUGUUUAAUUAGCCAUGCCCUGUUUCGCGGGAGCAGGACACUGUACCGCCACUUAUAUGAGCAUAUUUGGGCUGCCCAGUGUCUUCUGAUUGGCGAAACAAACGAUCUGACGACAGCCCAACUGUUUACCCAGCCUAGGACUGUUACAGAGACAGGUGUGAUAUUUCAUGGGUCCUAUUUCAGUGAUAUCUGACAGGUAAUAGAUACGUUUUCUGCAUGUCAUUUUAUUUAAAAAAAAAAAUCACUUACAGCACCUUUAAACUGUUGAUGAAACAUGUUCACUACAAACUCUGUGCAUACAACAUACAGUAUCACUCUGCCAUUUCACACUUGGAUAACGAACUUUGCCUCAGUUUUUCCUUCUUUCAGGAAGUCUUCUUUGCAGGAUAUAAGAGGUCAGUUUUAUACUAAAUGUUCACUGCCUCUUUCUCUCCAGGGAAAGUGUGUAGGGAAGCAGAUUCUCUCUCACUUCUUAACUUAUUUCUUUGUUAUAUAGGUGCAGUCCAACAUUGCAGAAAUUUGUGUUUGAACUCUUACUGUCACCAGGGGCCAAAGUUAACAUUUGCCAAGCGCCAAAUGCUAGUAAAAAUAGGCUUUUUGAGUAACUUGCCAGUUGGUAACUUUGUUAGAAACUGCAAUAUAAUACAAGGUUUAAGAACAACAGCCUUCCCACUUGCCUGAUGAAAGUGAUAUUAGCGAUUCCAUUCAAAGCAAUACAAAUGGUAAAACACUGACGCACGUUAUCAAAAAUGUUUUCCUCAGUGUAAAAUUUGACGUAAAAUUUUUAGUUUGUCAGAACUUGUUCUAGGAUGUCUGGUUAAAAGUUAUUAGAAAAGUUAGAAUAGUUGCUUUAUUUUAGAACUCGUUGUGACAUGUACACUGGCUGCCAGUAGUUUGGAAUAAUGUACAGAUUUUGCUGUUUCGGAAGGAAAUUGGUACUUUAAUUCACCAAAGUGGCAUUCAACUGAUCACAAAGUAUAGUCAGGACAUUACUGAUGUGAAAAACGGCAUCAUCACUAUUUGAAAAAUGUAAUUUUUAUUCAAAUCUAGACAGGCCCCAUUUCCAGCAGCCAUCAAUCCAACACCUUAUCCUUGAGUAAUCAUGAUAAUUGCUAAUUUGGUACUAGAAAAUCACUUGCCAUUAUAUCAAACACAGCUGAAAGCUAUUUAGUUCCUUAAAUGAAGCUUAACAUUGUCUUUGUUUUUGUUUUUGAGUUGCCACAGUAUGCAAUAGGCUGGCAUGUAUAUAUUAGGUCAAAAAUGGCAAAAAAUAAUCGUCUUUCUCUAGAAACUCGUCAGUUAAUUCUUUUUUUUUUGAGGAAUGAAGGCUAUACAAUGCUUGAAAUUGCCAAACAAAUGAAGAUUUCAUACAAAGGUGUACACUAGUCUUCCUAGACAAAGGACAACUGGCUCUAACAAGGACAGAAAGAGAUGUGGAAGGCCAGACGUACAACUAAACAAGAGGAUAAGUACAUCAGAGUCUCAAGUUUAAGAAAUAGACGCCUCACAUGUCCUCAGCUGACAGCUUCAUUGAAUUCUACCGGCUCAACACCAGUUUCAUGUACAACAGUAAAGAGAAGACUCAGGGGUGCAGGCCUUAUGGGAAGAAUUGCAAAGGAAAAGCCACUUUUGAAAUGGAAAAACAAAAAGAAAAGGUUAGAGUGGGCAAAGAAACACAGACAUUGGACAACAGAUAAUUGGAAAAGAGUGUUAUGGAUCUUAACCCCAUUGAGCUUUUGUGGGAUCAGCUAGACUGUAAGGUGCGUGAGAAGUGCCCGACAAUACAGCCACAUGCCACAGGAAGGGUGGGGUGAAAUGUCACCCGAGUAUCUGGACAAACUGACAGCUAGAAUGCCAAGGACCUGCAAAGCUGUCAUUGCUGAAUGUGGUGAACUCUUUGAAGUAGUUUAAGAAGUUCUGAAAUUUUUUUUCAAAUUGUAAUAGUCAUUUUUCAUGUUAUUAAUGUCCUGACUAUACAUUGCGAUCAGUUGAAUGCCACUUUAGUAAAAGUACCAAUUUCUUUCCAUAAGAGCAAAAUCUGUACAUUAUUCCAAACUUUUGGCCGCCAGUGUGUGCAAAAUAUAUUCCUUGAAUUAUGCCUCUAAAAUCUCAAAAAUCACAAUGUCUCUCAGGGUCCCCAUGUUCAUUGAAAACCUGGAAAUAUCAGAGAAUUUUAAAAUUGUGAUUUCCAUGCCUGAAAGAGUCAGGAAAAUAAAUACAAUUUAGUUAUUUCUGCUACAUAGCGAUGUCCGAUUUGUGAGCGAUUUGCUAUUUUGAGUCGAUUCUUUUUAAUGAGUUUAUCGAAUAUCACGUAUGAUGGAAUCGGCAACAUAUCGGUCUGAAUGAAGCAUUAGCAAAAUGAUCUGAAAACUACGGAGCCCCUUAGAGGAUAAGGUAGGAAUUUAUUUUCUGAAAUAGUUUUGCGUUCCCUCGCAAGAGAUUUUGCUUUCCCUUGCAAUAAAUUUAACAUUUGAACCAUUCGUAUUGAAACAUAGUGACAAUACUGGAAAACGUUACUAUGGUACCAUACUAUGGUAAUAAAAAUAAUAAUUUUGUGGUUAUUAUGGUUUUGCUAUACAAAUACCAUAGUUUAAAGGGAUAGUUCACCCAAAAAUGAAAAUUCUCUCAUCAUUUACUCACCCUCAUGCCAUCCCAGAUGUGUAUGACUUUCUUUCUUCUGCAGAACACAAAUUAAGAUUUGUAAUAGAAUAUCUCAGCACUGCUAGUCCAUUCAAUGCAAAUGAAAGGUGAUCAGACCUUUGU